CCCAAACGAUACAUUCGAGUUGUAAGCUUUGGCGUAUCGUGAUCGUUCUUGUCUGGCUCUCUUUCUUUACGAAUAAAAUCAAUUAAUCAUGACCGGCCGUGGUAAGGGAGGAAAAGGAUUGGGAAAGGGAGGAGCGAAGCGUCAUAGAAAAGUUCUGCGUGAUAACAUCCAAGGUAUUACCAAACCAGCUAUUCGUCGAUUGGCUCGACGUGGUGGUGUAAAACGUAUCUCAGGUCUGAUAUACGAAGAAACACGCGGCGUUCUUAAAGUUUUUCUUGAAAACGUCAUUCGUGACGCUGUUACGUAUACCGAACACGCUAAAAGAAAAACUGUCACCGCCAUGGACGUCGUUUAUGCUUUGAAAAGACAAGGCAGAACUCUUUACGGAUUUGGAGGUUAAGAGGAGAGGAAAUUUUGCUUAUUCAAUCGGCCCUUUUCAGGGCCACAAAA